CCUCCUGUGGACUCCUGGCCCCGUGUUCCAGCCCCCUGCAGAGCUUCCUGGACACUGGAAGGAGCAUCUUCCAUCUUUCCAGCAGGACUGGAUCCUGAAGGCUUUAUUCAGGGCUAACCCUAAAACAGGGAAGCCAGAGCUGGUGCCACAGCUCACCUCCUGGUGGUCUCCUCCCCAGCCUCCGACCACCUUCACCCAGCCUCCUGCCUCUCCUGAUCUCUUCUUCUGCCGCCCUUUGUUUCUCUGGAUGCCUCUGAAGAUGUUGUCCAUCAUCUGUGUCCAGCCAGCUUGCAAUAGUCACAGGCUGACAGCAGCUGGCCUGUACAGCACUGUGGUCAAGGUGCUGGACAUAGAUGGUGGUAUGAUAUGACCUCAGAGUAUCUAGAAUGCAAAGGGUGCAAGAAGAAGUAUCCGGCCUGGUCAGAGGACAUCCUGGGACAGAGGACAUCCUGGGACAGAGGACAUCCUGGGACAGCUGGACAUCCUGGGUCAGAGGACAUCCUGGGACAGCUGGACAUCCUGGGACAGCUGGACAUCCUGGGACAGCUGGACAUGGGACACAGCAGGAAAUUCUCCGCCCUUCUGACAUACAGCGACUCAUGUGACUACAGAGUGGUCAUCCUGAUGCGGGAGAGAACUCAGGGCAACAGCGUCACGCAGCUUCACAAGAAGCUGCAAGAGGAGCACAGCGCAGCGUGGACCCGCCGCACGCUGGACUACUUUGCUGCCUGUGAGCCCUUCACUGACUCCUGUCUGGUCGAGCCGCCAGUGUUCUCUGCCCCCCCGCCCCUCCCGGCCCUCCCUAAACCCAAGUGGCUUCUGGCUGUGUACGCCAGGGACGUCCUGUCACGGCUGCCUGAGGUAAAGGCCAGAAUAACCUCUGUGUUUGGCUCCGUGCUCAAGAUGGACUCCACCAAAAAGGUUACCAAGAAAGUGGCCGGUGCAGCUGCCAACACAGCUGGGUGGUGCACCAAUGUGGGCAACGAGCACGGCCAGGUUCUGGUGUGGGUCCUGACAGCAGCAGAGGGCCAUGGACUGUGGCCCAUGGCGGCUGGUCUUAUGAGGCGCUACAGGGAGGCAGGAGUGGCGCCUCCUGUCAUAAUGUAUGUGGAGCGGGACUGCUGCAGCCCCCACGGACAGUCACAGGUCAGGGCCAUGUUCGCUGAGUGGAGGGAGCUUCAGGUGCGCCUGGACAUCUGGCACUUCAUGCGGCGUUUUGCAGCAGGAGUCACCACUGAGGCUCAUCAGCUGUAUGGAAUAUUCAUGGCUCCACUGUCCAGGUGCAUCUCUGAGCUGAUCCGGCAGAUGUUGCUGCUCUUAGGCUGGCCAAGCAGGGGCAGCUUCUGGCCCAGGGAGUUGGUCCAGUCUCUGAGAAGGCCCUGGACCAGAUGAUCACCAGGAGGGAGUUGGCUCUUCACUGCUGCAAGAGGACCAGGGGAGCAGAGGAGACAGCCAGGAGGAUCAAGGCCCUGGUGGAUGAGAUGGACAGUGAGAAGGGGAGGGACA